AUGCUUGUAGCUCUUAUUCUUUGUGUAAUUGGUAUUGCAGUAGCACAACGACCGGUUCCAUGUACUACUCCACCGCAAUGGGAAGCACGUAUUUUUGACGUUAAUGAACAAGAAAAAUUUGCAUUAGAAGGAAGACUAAGUUAUGAUGCUACCUAUCAUCGUGAACGUCUCGUUGAAGAAAUCGAGGAAGGAAGUCAAGAUGAUUUUUAUGAUACAAUUGCCCUUUUUGAUUCGAAAAUUGAAUUUGUUUACAAUUUCAAAGCUCGUAAUUGUACACGUCGGGAAUUAACUCGACCAUGGCGUGAUUUUGGUAUUCGUCCAACUGAUACUUCAUAUGGUGAAGCUUACAUUGGCUCAUCGUUGUUUCCUGAUACAGGUGUAUUAACUACAAUCUGGUAA